GGUGCUCCCAGAACGUGAUGGCGGGGCAGUUGCUCUCAGAGCUCUUUACCAACAGAAAGGAGAACAUUGCUUUCAAGUUUUCUGAGGACUGCCUUUACCUAAAUAUUUACACUCCCGCUGACUUGACAAAGAAAAGCAGGCUGCCGGUGAUGGUGUGGAUCCACGGAGGGGGUCUGGUGGUGGGCGGAGCGUCAACCUAUGAUGGGCUGGCCCUCUCUGCCCAUGAAAACGUGGUGGUGGUGGCCAUUCAGUACCGCCUGGGCAUCUGGGGAUUCUUCAGCACAGGGGACGAACACAGCCUUGGAAACUGGGGUCACUUGGACCAGUUGGCUGCACUUCGCUGGGUCCAGGAGAACAUUGCCAACUUUGGAGGGAAUCCAGGUUCUGUAACCAUCUUUGGAGAGUCAGCGGGAGGUGAAAGCGUCUCUGUUCUUGUAAGUGUUCCUGGCCCUGAUAUGGCUGCUGAUGGGACCCCUUGGUGCCUUUGGACCAACUGGCAGCUUUACUUACAAGACCUGGAUUCAGUGCUGACCCUACUCUGCACAGCAUCAGUUGGUGGAGAGCUAAUGGCGGAACUAUCCUUGGCCCCCAGGAGGCUCAGAGCCUAGGCUAGCAUCCUAGGGCCUUGAGAAUCUCUGGCCACAGCUACAGCAGGAUACUCCUCCUCCUCUAACGUGGUUGAGCUCUCUCUCUCUCUCUCUUUCCUGCUCGUUUUAACAUUAGGACUUGCUUCACUUCUCCUGGCAAGUAGGAGUGGGUAUAGAUUAUGCGUAAGAGUUGGACAAAGUGUCAUUGCUCAGCUGGAAGCCAGGUCUGCAGGUCAAGAGACACCAGCACCAAGAACAGGUCAAGGGCCUCCCGUGAGGACAGCCGC